AUGAGUGCGGUAGCCGAGAAAGGACCAGCUGACCUGGGCGCAGCUCCUCUCAACUUCAUCUACGCCUGUUCGCUGUGUGGCGCUUCGUUUGCCGAUGUUUAUGAGGGCCACAAUGAGACUGUUCGGGGCCUGUCAGACGGAAUCAACCCUAAACAGCGACUUGUAACGCGACUCUUUCUCUCAAACUGUUGUCAUGUUUUCUGCAGCAGUCAUUUGGAAGGCGGCGGACCGCCUUUCCACAGCGAAAAGGAGCGUCCAAAGGCGCCUUGUCCUGUGUGCAUCAAAGAAAAAGGUGACAGUGCGCCUCAGUUCCUGUACUCGAUCCGUGGCUUCAACAAGAAUGAAUACGAUCCUCUGAUUCCACCAGCUUGGUUUACUGCCCCGCCUAUUCGACUUGAUGGCAGUGGCAAGGAUAUGGAUGCUCUACGUUUUCAGUAUAUCGCACUCAUUCGAUACUGCCAAAACACUUAUGCGACCCGUAAACCACUUCAGCAAGCCCUCCAGGAAUCAGAAAAGAAGCUCGCUGACAUACAGACCCGCGCAUCGCAAGAGCAUGCAGAGUUCGUCAGACUACAGAAGGAGAAUGAGCAGUUAAGAAUUCAGAAAGAGCAGUUCGAGGCCAUGAAAGCUGAGGUGCAGCGACUGCAAGCUCUUGAACAGGAAGUUGAGCAGUUUCGUAACCUCAAUAUCAACCCAAGAGAUCUCAAGACAUUCGUAGCGAACAAGUCAGCGAUCAGACACUACCUGAAGCUUGUUCCAAUGCUGAUGGACCAGAACGAGAAGAUGCAACAGCGGCUCGCUCAGCUAGGCUUUGCAAUGGCUCUAGAGCCUAUACCGAAUUUCAAGGGAGUCGACCCUAGCGCAUUCGACAGCGACGAAGCCCUACCUGGCAGGGAUAGCGGUGACUCUGGCAGUGCGUUGCGAAAGACUGCUUCGAGCCAUACCGUUGGCAGAUCCGCGCACGCAUCGGGUAGAGUAGGGACUACAUCUUCGAGCCCCUACGCACAUCGACCUAUCAAGCGGCAGCGCCUGGAGUCACCUCUUCCCCGAGACAUGCAGAUCGAUCGCUCCCCUGGCCGACACGCUAUGCAGCCCCCACCAAAGCCAAUAUCAAGGAUGCAAUCCGUGCGCAAGAUGUUUCCUAAUCUGCGGAAGAAGUUCUCCAGUGACCGCUCCACCUCGGUAGUCGAAGAUGUCCCUAGAAAUGACGGCGAUGUUCAAAUGUACGAUGAAAGGAAGUGGCAGGGCAUCGAUGCGACUCAACAACGGAUUGAUACUGGGUUCCGUAGCGAGACUCCAUACAUGUCGGGCGCUCUUCCAGCGGAGCAGUCAUCCGAAGUUCCAGCCCAGACAAGUCCGCAGCUACUCACCAGCAUGGGCAUUAACAAUAACCAGUCAGACUUCACAUUCCGUGCAUCAUCCUGUGUCAAACCGUAUAGCCAUAAUCACGAACGCCAUUCAACGCAGCUGCCUAGUGAGCCUUCGUAUAUUCGGUUAAUGGACGGUCUCACGCGCGACACUGGUGUGGAGCUGGGAUUGAAAGAUCCUCGCGACAACUCGAACUCGAAUUAUCUAGAUGACAGCAGAAACAACCAAGUAUCACGGUUGUAUGAGGGGGAGCCAGGACUGCAAGGGGCAGACCGACAAGAGCGCUGGAAUUUUGGACACCCUCUCAUGCACCAAUCUCCGCAUGGAUCGUCGAACUAUUUCGAUGUUUUCCAGCAAUCUCCACGGUCUGGAACAACUAUCGUAAACACGAAUAGAAGUUACAAUCUGUCAGGCGCUGGCGGCGCCACCCCACAGCCUAGGCGACAUGCACGUCCCGGCCAUCAGAUCGAAAAUGUAUUCAAGUCGUUCAGGCGUUUAUCGGUCUCAAAGGCCAAAGAUGGACAAGCCCCAGAUUGCAUGGCCUGA